AUGACCGCAACUCGUACUGAGCCAGGGCCUUCGGCCCAACCGAAUCUGCGAGUCACGAAUACUUACCUAUAUCUUCUAGUCAUCGCUGCCGACGGCUUGUACAAGCGAGAUGUAUUUCGUCUACCCGAUCCUUUUGCCGUAGCUACCAUCAAUGGCGAACAGACCAAGACCACGACCGUCUCCAAACGUACGCUCAAUCCUUAUUGGAACGAGAGUUUCGAUUUCCGAGCAACCGAGGAUAGUAUUUUAGCAGUACAGGUCUUUGACCAAAAGAAGUUUAAGAAGAAGGAUCAAGGUUUCUUAGGCGUUAUCAAUAUCAGGAUCGGAGAUGCUAUCGAGUUAGCAGAUGGGGCUGAUGACCAGAUGCUUACACGAGACUUGAAAAAGUCUACGGAUAACCUCGUCGUUCACGGAAAACUGAUAAUCAACUUGUCUACAAAUCUAACUACUCCUGCUCGCCCUACGCAGCAACCUUCGUCAGCAAGCUCUAGUCGACCUUCCCUGGCCCCGCAGGCUUCUACUGUUAGCGCCAAUAGUGCGUCUGAACGACCGACUUCUUCGGCAUCAGGUCCAAACGGACUUGCGCCAGGUGCACAGAUGUCCUUGCCGUUGAGGCCUAAUGGCGCAAACCCGCCCGCGAUUAACGGCAACGGUGCACAAGCUCGACCUGGAGCCCAGAUGAGCCCCUUUGAAGACGCCCAAGGUCGCCUACCCGCUGGCUGGGAGCGACGCGAGGAUAACCUGGGGAGAACUUACUACGUAGAUCAUAAUACGCGAACCACAAGCUGGAAUCGUCCAACCCAAUCCGGUACUUCCGCAGAAAAUCGCGGCGAAAGAGAAGCGGCUACUCAGGUUGAACGACAAAGGCAUCAGAACAGAACCCUACCGGAAGAUCGUACCGGUGCCAACUCUCCAACUCUUCAGCAGCAACAACAACAGCAGCAGCAGCCGCCGCCUGUUUCUAGUAGCGGUUCUACGCAUAGCCCUGGUCAAAGUACUUUGAUGCAUACCGGCGCUACUAGCCCUGGCACUGGCGAGCUUCCGCCUGGCUGGGAACAACGUUGGACGCCCGAAGGCCGGCCUUACUUUGUUGACCAUAAUACUAGGACUACCACAUGGGUGGAUCCCCGCCGCCAGCAAUAUAUUAGAAUGUAUGGUGGCCAGAAUAAUUCCAACGGAACGAUACAGCAGCAGCCCGUCUCACAACUCGGACCACUACCUAGCGGGUGGGAAAUGCGAUUAACUAACACGGCUCGCGUUUACUUCGUGGAUCAUAAUACUAAGACUACUACUUGGGACGAUCCCCGACUACCAUCAUCCCUAGAUCAGAAUGUACCACAGUAUAAGCGAGACUUCCGAAGAAAGCUGAUUUACUUCCGUUCGCAACCCGCUAUGCGGAUACUUUCAGGGCAAUGUCACAUGAAAGUACGACGUUCUCACAUUUUCGAGGACUCAUUCGCGGAAAUCUCACGACAAUCCGCAACUGAUCUCAAGAAGCGCUUGAUGAUUAAGUUUGACGGCGAGGAUGGAUUAGAUUACGGUGGUCUCUCCAGAGAAUUCUUUUUCUUAUUAUCGCAUGAAAUGUUUAACCCCUUCUACUGUCUUUUCGAGUAUUCCGCCCACGAUAACUACACCCUCCAGAUUAACCCUCACUCCGGUAUUAACCCCGAACAUUUGAACUACUUCAAGUUCAUUGGUCGCGUGGUUGGUCUGGCCAUUUUCCACCGACGAUUCCUGGACGCAUUCUUUAUUGGUGCCCUUUACAAGAUGAUGUUAGGCAAGUCGGUGGUUCUUGCCGACAUGGAGGGUGUGGACGCGGAUUUCCAUCGGAGUUUGCAGUGGAUGCUUGACAACGACAUUUCUGGCGGUAUACUCGAGCAGACUUUCUCUACCGAGGACGAGCGAUUUGGCGUUGUGACAGUGGAGGAUCUUAUCCCUAACGGCCGGAAUAUCGACGUUACUAAUGACAACAAGAAGGAAUACGUGGACCUUAUGGUCAAAUGGCGUAUUGAGAAGCGUAUUUCAGAGCAAUUCCAGGCCUUCAAGGAAGGGUUCCACGAGCUUAUCCCCCAAGACCUGAUCAACGUCUUUGAUGAGCGCGAGUUAGAGUUACUAAUUGGUGGUAUUGCCGAUAUCGAUGUGGACGACUGGAAGAAGCACACCGAUUACCGGGGCUACACGGAGAGCGACGAAGUCAUCCAGUUUUUCUGGCAAACGGUACGGAGCUGGGAUGGAGAGCAAAAGAGCAGGCUGUUACAGUUCACGACGGGUACUUCCCGAAUCCCCGUCAACGGGUUCAAAGAUCUUCAAGGUAGCGAUGGGCCGAGGAGGUUCACUAUCGAGAAAGCAGGCGAAGUUGGUAACUUACCGAAGGCACAUACUUGCUUUAACCGCCUAGACCUGCCCCCAUAUAAAUCGUUGGAGGCGUUACAGAACAAAUUAACUACGGCGGUGGUGGAGGAGACGAUGGGCUUCGGACAAGAGUAA